AAAUCGAAAGACCAGGCGGCAACUCCCUUAUAUAUGGUCUUCGAACCCACUCUCUUCUGCCUCUUGAAUCAUCACCUCUCUCUAUCAGAAAACCCCCGUACUUCCGAAAACCCAAAACCCUAGUUUACUAUGGCCUAUUCAAUGGAGUUUUGGGGUGUUGAAGUCAAGGCUGGGGAGCCUCUGAAAGUAACACCUGAGGAGGAUACCUUGAUACAUGUUUCUCAGGCAGCUCUUGGUGAGUCGAAGAAGGAUAAAGGAAAGGAAGCUGUGCCUUUGUAUGUCAAGUGUGGUGAUCAGAAGCUUGUUAUUGGAACUCUUUCUUCUGAAAAUUUCCCCCAAGUAUCAUUUGAUUUAGUUUUUGAGAAAGAGUUUGAACUUUCUCACAACUGGAAAGGUGGAAGCGUGCACUUCUGUGGUUACAAAGUUCCCAUACCUGAUGAGGGUGAUGACUAUCCUGAUUCAGACUCUUCUGAAGAGGAAGAGAUCCCAUUGCCAAAAAUUGAGAAUGGAAAAGUUGUGCCAAAGGGUGAUAAUGCAGCAGCCAAGCCCCAAGCAGCCAAGCCCGAAUCUUCUGUUAAACAGGUUGAACUUGUAGAGCCAAGUAAACUCGGGGAAGGUGAUUCUGACGAAGAUUCUGAAGAUGAUUCUGAUGAAGAUUCCGAAGAUGAUUCUGAUGAAGAUGAUGAAAGCGGGAGUGAUCUUAUGAUGUCUGAGGACAUUGAUGAUUCUGAUGAAGAAGAAAUGCCUAAGAAGGAUGAGGUGGUUAAGAAGAGGCCUAAUGAUUCUGCUUUGAAGACUCCAGCUUCUAAGAAGGCAAAGUCUGCUACCCCUCAGAAGACAGAUGGUAAGAAGGGAGGGCACACUGCAACUCCUCACCCCUCAAAGAAGGCUGGCAAAACACCUGCAAAUGGAGCCAACCCUAAGGCACAGACACCAAAAUCUGUUGGUCAAUUCUCAUGCAACUCCUGUGACAGGACAUUUACAAAGGAAGUGGGUCUGGAAUCUCACAAAAAAGCCAAACAUGCAGCCAACUAGAGUUGGGAGUUAUUAAUCAUUUCUGGUCCUGUGAUUAAAUUUUGACGAGAGCGCCUUGAUUUAUGGUUUGUUAGGGGGUGUGUAUUGACUUGAAGUGAGGGAGGUUUAGUGGUAUCGUAGCCUUCUACUUUUAUUUAUGGAUUGCAGUUUUGCGAAAUGGAUUAUUAUUUUGUUUAAGUGGUUGCUUAUUAUUUUCAUGUCAAAGUAUUAUAAAUUCUGUGCCAUACCUGAUCUUGUUCUGUCCUUGUUCUUGUGUUUGAUAAAAUUUGAGUAUUA